CAACCUCAAACUGCUAGCAGCAUUUUACCAACAACGCUGACAUCAACUUGAUGGAGCGGGCCUAAGUGUAAAGCUUCAGACUGUGCCAAAGGGCAAAAUGUAUUUACGUUACCUUACUCUACUGUUUGCACUUACUACAGAUUCCAGUUGGGGCUGUCACAAGAAACACAUUGAAGAGAUAAAAGUACCAAGUGAGCCCAUUGACGUUGUGCUGAAUCUCACCUGUCCUGAACUUAAGGAUACAUGGAAUACGGGCACCAGUGUAGUGUGGGACGUCCCAAAAGUUGCUUUCGUUGUUGAUAAAUAUAAGGAUUAUAUCGAUGUGGCAGAUCUGAACGAAUGUUGUUCAGUAACAUGUGACUCGAAAAGUGGCAAAAGUUACGGCUCUGAACUCCACAAAGCAGUGACAUGCAACACUGGAUAUUGUUCAGAAUGCGUCGAAAAAGCAAAAACAUCUGUUGAACUGGUCCCCGAUACAUGCACCAUGUCCUUUCGUGUGACAGAGGUAUAUUGCGAAAAGAAACCACCAUUGAUUGAAGAUGGUUAUUUUAGAUGUUCCACCGGUCCGUAUAUCGCUGGUAGUACAUGCGACUAUACAUGCCGCGACGGCUACACUCUUGAAGGAAGUGGGCGUGCAACAUGUAGCAAUGAUGGUACAGACUGGAGCAGCGUCGGAACUUGCAAACCCAAACAGUGUAAGAAGUCGAAGGAUGGACAUUUCACGUACCCAGAUGGCACAGGGGUGCAUUCGUUACGAUGGCGAAAAUGCACACAGGAUGGCUACACCCCUUCUCCUCCAGGUUUCUCUCAGUGUACUCCUAAUCAACAAUGGAUUCCUGCUCAUGUUAAGUGUGAAGAUACAAAGCCGCCGCAGUUCAACAACUGCCCCGACGAGAGAAUCAUCAAAGCAGCAAGCGGUGAAAACGUGACGAUGGUAGAGUGGCCAGUGAUCACCGUAUCAGACAACUCAAACGAGACGAUCGAACCAAAGAGCAACGUAGCAACACCGGGCGUGGGUAGUUUUCCACUGGGAUCUACCUUGGUCAAAUUCACUGCUGAAGAUAAAAGCAAAAACCGGGCGAUGUCAUGCGUUUUCAUCGUGGUUGUCGAAAAUGUUAUCUGCCCUAAUCCUUGGUUUGAUGUCAAAUACCUAACUGCACAUUGUGGUAAAGGCAUGUCAAUUGGGAAAUCAUGUGAACUGACCUGUGAACUAUCCCUUGAGAGGAUAGGCGAACAGUUUAUCAUGUGCACAUUGAUAGCGAAUACCACUGAAGGCUACUGGGCCUGGAAGAAUGGAACAGAUGUGGAGAAAUAUAAACCAUCUUGUCGUGUUCAUAACUGUACAGAACUUCCAGCACCAAAUAAUGGAGCAAUGGUAUGUGACACUUGGAGCAAGGGUGCUGUAUGCCAAAUGCAGUGUCAAGAAGGGUAUGACAUUCCGGAUAGUGCCACGUUCACACCCCAGUAUAUAUGCGGCAUGGAUAAGGGAGUCUGGAUUCCAGAUACCGUCAGUAACUGCAGUUACCGUGAAUAUGGUGAAAAUGUGAGAAUGCCAGAGUACUAUUAUUUCACGGGUCCAUGUGAAGAGGCACAACAAGAAAUAAAGGAGAACUUCCUGAAAGUAAUAUCCAACAAAGAUCUCUGUACCACAAAAGUCCAUUGUACAGUAGAAAACGUCAAGGUAAAAUGUUGUGACGAAGUUGAUGACUAUGAUUUGCUGAACCGUCGCAAGCGUGGGAGCCGGUAUGGUCGAAGAAGACGACCCAAUCGAAGAAACAGAAAGCCACCUAGUUACAUCAUGUUUGAUGUAGUAAUACUGAAUGUCGUCGUCGGUAACCAAAACUUUGCUGCAAACAUGAAAUCGUCCUCACUCACGCUUAAAGCCAUAGCCAGACGAAUAGCUAAAACAGCUUUCCGUGCUGGCGGGAGGUUGAUCCGGGCAACCAGAGCCAGAGUAAGAGAUGCAGUACCGAUCUGUCGAUCAGGACACAAGAUCGGAUACUUCAAUAAGGAUUCAUGUGUACCAUGUCCAGCGGGGUCCUAUCACAAUUCCACGAGGGACGAAUGCAUGGCGUGCGGAUACGGACAGUAUCAAAGCCAGGAGGGACAGACCAGUUGUACGGGAUGUCCAGAAGGCAAAACCACCAUCACUCUUGCUAACGUAGACGUUUCUUCUUGCAAAGAAAUGUGUGGCCCAGGAACAUAUUCUACCAACGGAGUGGUACCAUGCUUCAAAUGCCCAUUAAGGUCUUACCAACAUCAGCGAAACAGGAAUGAAUGUAUCCAAUGUCCAGUUGGUACAACGACAGAGGAUGAUGGUGCAAAUUCAACAUCACACUGUGUUGCAUUCGACUUUUUGUUACAAGGGCCAAUUACAGUCCCAUUAGAAGGCAUGAAACCAUCUCGCAUUUGCGACUUUACAUUCGCCCUCUGGAUCAAGCUCGUAGACGCAGAUUACGGUGGCAUCAAGUUCCAGGUGUACAGUCCUACUGUUGGAACGGCCAUAGAUAUAUCUGUCUCUUCAGACAUUCGGGUGAUACUGAGAGAGAGGGAUGAACUGCAUGUUGAGAACGUUAUGGAAAACAAAUGGGUUCAUGUAGCAGUUGCAUGGUCUCACCCGAAGCUCACAGUGUAUGUCGGAGGUGCAGCCAUUGCAGAAGAGGUAUUUGAAGAAGCCCAAGACUGUCCCUCAUCAACCCCAUCUGUGAUGGAGAUAACCAUACGGGGCCAUGCGUACAUGUAUCUGCGAGACCUUAACUUCUUGCCGUCGGCUAAGUCGGAUGUGGUGGGGAACAUGUCUACCUCAUGCAGUUCAUACAACGCGGACUCACUCUUCUCCCUGGAGCGGAAAGACAUGGAAGCUUUAGACAAGGUGCUGGAGGUUGUACCCAGCACAUGCAUGAAGCCUGAUGUCUGCCUCAACCAACCCUGUGGAGAUAACGUGUGUAUCCCUACUGGAAGUAACUUCACAUGCGUAUGCAGAGGAGGUUACUCUGGUGACAAAUGUGACGUGCCUCCUGAUUUGUGUAAAGAUAACAUAUGUAGUAACAAUGCCACAUGCCUAGUGACAUCAUAUGGAUAUCGGUGUGAAUGUCAGCCUGGAUACAGAGGAGAUCUAUGCAAAGGCAAGAUAGCUGACGGUGGCUGGGGUGAAUGGAUGGACUGGGGUGCAUGUUCAGUAAGCUGUGGCAACGGCACAAGGGCAAGGCAUCGUUACUGUGACAAUCCUUUCCCUGACACAGACGGAAAGCCCUGUGAUGGCAACUCAAUAGAAACGACUUUCUGUCAAAAGCAAAUGUGUCCAGAAUGUGCACUAAAGGACCUUGUCCUCGGAAAGGGUAUCAUAAAGACUUGUCAUAAAAAUGACGGAUCGAUUAUCUGCAGCGUGGAAUGUGAACGUGGAUUAGUUUUUCCAGAGGAGCCAUUUGUUUAUACCUGCAAGAAGGGCACAUGGAUGCCUACAAAACGCACCGUGUCUUGUACAGAACCAGUGACCCCCCUGACAGUUGGAAUCAACUAUACUGUGGUAUUUGGGGACUCUAUUGACAGCCACCAAGUCAUCAGUCCGUCCCUUAACAGAGUGGGUAGAAAUUUCAGUUGUACUCAAUCUCGUACCUGCUCCAUUGCUGUGGGCACCUCCAUGUGCAAUGACCACGUACGAAUCUGUGGGAAGUAUGACGGUGUUUACUAUGGUUCUCUGCUAGUUCAGAUGGCCAUUCAGCAAAACACCAUUGAUGUCUUUAAACUGCAAAAGAACAAACAAGUGAUGGCCUACCUUUCACCCCUGUUCGCAACCUGGAAUGUUUUCACCUACUUUAGCGAUGAGGCCACAACGGUAGAUCACCGGGAGUUAGAAAUGUCUAUUACUAACGAGACCCUCAUGGUGUAUCCAUAUGAUCAACCGUCAAUGGCGUUUGAAGUUCCUGGUCAGUUUGGUGCCAUCAUGAAGACCUGGAAGCUCCUUGACGACACCAACUGGGAGGUGAGGGACAAGAGUUACACUGACUUCCAAAUUACACUUGCCAAUCAGAGUCAACCACAGCAACCAAAACUCUUAUCGGCCAUUCAGACCAUGACGUGUCCUCGUGGUGCAGUUCAAGGAGGCGUUUUUUGUAUUAAGUGUCCACCGGGAAAGAGCUACGACAGUGACAAUUGCAAGCGUUGUCGUCACGGAUUCUACCAAGACGUUCCGGGCAUGUCUUCCUGUGUGGCUUGUCCUGGCUUCCAGACCACAGAGCUACUGGGAAGUCCGGGCAUCGCCCAGUGUAAAGAUACUGACGUAGAAGGCAUAAACCUCGUCGUGGGGAUGCGUGACUCCCAAAUUGGCAUCCUUCACCUUCGUGGAAUGAAGUUUGAGAGUGUGUCCUUGAACAUCUCUGAUGGAUUUGUUGACCACCUCGCCUAUAAUCCGAGGGAUGAGUUUAUAUACUUCACUACACAAGAGCCUACCACCAUAGGGAGAGUAACAAUGGGAGGUCUGGACGAAGAAGCUCUGUUUAGGUUCCCACAGGACACCAUUAUAACUGGAUUUGACAUAGAUGUUGCCACUGGUCUUUUGUUCUACACGUCAUUUGAUGGGGUGCUGGCUGCCCUCCACGUUAGUUCUGGCGCAGAGUACAUUCUCCUGUCCAAUCUGACUAAACCUCGAGGUCUUGUUCUUGACCAAAAGCUGGGAAUGUACUGGGUGGAGAGCGAUACCAUCAACUAUCUUCACUAUAGCAGUAAGAUGGCUAAAACAGUUUUCGUGGACACCAACGCAGUGUGGAAUCCGAUCCUACACAAACAUGGAAAUAAGAUAACGUGGAACACAUACACAAGACUCCGGGAAGCGUACAUCAAUGGCUCCAAUGUACAGACAAUUGCUUCAAACUUCACAUCCAGAUUCGGAUACACAGACGAAUUUUACUUCUACCUGGACAAAAAUGCAGUACUUAUGCGAGUAAAUCGCGACCAGAGUGCCAGGGCAGCUGUGUUCUCUCUGCCUGAGUCUGCGAUCAGGAUGCGGGUCGUCAACACCACAAAUGACCCAAGCUUUGCGAAUGUAUGCAGUGGAUCUGUGAGUGACUGCGACCACGGUUGCUUUCCUGCCAAUGCAACCACCAGGAUCUGUUUUUGUGCCCUGGACUUCACACUACAGAGCAACAAUAGAACCUGUAGAAGAGAUUUUUCAGGACAACUAGAAACCAAAGCCAGGUCCUGGGAGAAACCCUUGGCAUCGGACUACUCAGUGCCACCAAGUAUGACCUUGAGGUUGAGGGUAAAGGCAUGCCACUCCGCUCGUGUGGCUUUGGCCGAGACGGGGAAACGAUUGUACCUUUUUGAACUGGACAGAAGACGGGGCAACGAGACGGAAAUGUCAAUCAGGAAGCUGUGGGCCGGCUCUCCUCCUGUUGUGUUAGUUCAUAAAACUGUCAGUAGGCUUGACUGUGAUGACUUCCGUUUUUUCUGGAUCACAUGGAGUGACAGGAUCUUGAGGAUUGGUCGUGGCAAAACCUUGUACACCAGACAGAUCCUCGUAGCGAAAGAUUCACGUCCUUUCAUUGUUAACUUCGCAAUGUUUGGUUCUGGCUUUAAUGCUACUGCUGUUUGGCAGUUCUAGUGGAUGCAGAGAUAAGCGUCCGAUAUGCAUGAGUAAGACUCCCAGACUUUGUUCUGUUGUCUUUAGCACUCCAAGAUGUUAUGUUAUGCCUUAUAUAACUGAGGAAAAGAAUUUGUUAUGCUUUAUAUAACUAAGGAAGAGAAUUUAUGGAUGUCAACUUCUUUAUGAUGAGGAACACAACGUUUCGGAGUACAUACGUUUCUUUCAUGUAGAUAUAUAUGCUCUUUGCCUCAUAGCAUUCAUUCACCCGAUGAAGGAGUAAGCAUAUACUCCAAACGUUGUGUUCCUCAUAAUAAAGACACUGACAUCCAUAAAUUCUCUUCCUUAUGUGUAUCACUUCUAAAUGCCCUUCAAGGACUUAUAUAACUCAUUCUUGUUUGUAAAUAAGACUCUCAUUGGGAUAUGUGGAGUGGCGGAAUUGAUGAUGGUAGAGAUGGGGUAUAGUCCAGAGAACAGAUAACGAAGUUCUGAUCUCAGCUGAUCUACUUUGAUUAUCAGAACUACGACUAUACCUUAUAUCACGGUUUAUGUAAUCACGUCCCAUUCACCAAAAAUAGUAGACCGACUCAAUGGUAUCAUGAUUAGCGUCUGACCGGAGAGUGGUCGAUAUAAAAAAGACGUUGAAAGAUGUUUCUUCUUGUAACCCAGCCUGGCGUUUGGCAUUAUGAGGAGAAAACAAGGACUGGUCGGCACGGAGUCAGAAAUAUGUGUGUGACAAAUGCGGCAUGGUAUCUCAGUGGUCUAGCACUAUGGCACCAGCAUAAGUCAGGACUAGUACACUCACACGCAACUCUGAAUGGCAAAUUGCGACGUCUUAAAUGGCAGGGUUACCUGUACUUCUCCCAAACCCCGCAACACACGUUUCAAGAGGGACAUAGCGGCAUUAUAAUACCUUACAAUUUAUGCCCAUACACGGCCUAUCUGUAUACUACACAUAGAUAUCCCACAUAAUCACACAUGAUGUAUUUUGUGAUAAAUUAACAUAUUUCUCUCCAAAUAUAUAAUCCUCUUUUCACUCGCAUGAAAUAACAGUUUAUGCCGAAACUACUCUCAGCCUACCUUUUGUCACUGUGCUUUUCAGAUUAAGAGCAUGGGAGUAAUGCAAGAACAAUAUGAUAAUUAGAACAUGUGUCUGUUUUUGUGAAGUUGUUAUUUGACAAGAGAAGACAAAUGUUUUCUAUUUAUUUGCGUGGAUAGACUUGAGUACAAUGGUUCUGUAAUUCGAAAGAGAACGCUAGACUGGUUUAAUGCAUGCCCAGGUGAUUUAUUGCCAUGAUAUCUAUGAUAAUAACGGAACGUACUUGAUACACGUGGAAUAAACUGAUCUGUACCCGA